UGCCAGCUUGGACACAGCCUUAAAUCGGGAUAAGGUUUCAAAAGAAACACAUCCCAAAUACAAAAUGCCUUUUGCAUUUUGUUUCUCCCAGCUGUGAGGGCUGUUUGAAGGCAGGAAGAUACACCAGGAGAAACUGGGUGAAAAGGCACCUUCAAUUCCAUGUGCAACUGUGUGAGCUCAUGAACCAUUAACACAGGUGUCUUAAACAGCAGAAAAAGUCUCAGGUCUUCUGAAAAUGAGAUAUGAUACUGUUCUGUCUGGCUCUAGGGGAAGGUAAUCUUAAUCCAGAGAGUUUGUUUUUUAUUUUUUUGACUUCUGCUGUUUCAUUAUUUACUUAGGAGCUGUCACCUGUGGUGAAGGGCAUUUCAGCUACUGGCUGCAGCAGCUCUGCCUACCCAGAGGCACUGGCAGAGUUUAAGUUCACUUCAAACUCAGCUGCAGCUGCCCUGGGGAGCCACAGUUUGAGAAGGUUUUGUUUAAAUGAAGAGGUGUGUGGCAGAGCUGCUGUGUGACAAUCUCCUCCCUGCUGCUGGCUGCCAUGGCUGACCCCAUCCCUGAGGACAGCGCGUCCCAAGUCCCCGAGCUGUGCUGUGAGUGUGGCCAGGCCCACCCGUUGCUGGACAAUCACCUGUACAACUUCCAGGACGAGGUGGACGAUGAGCUCAUCUGCCACAUCUGCCUGCAGCCCCUGCUGCAGCCCAUGGACACGCCCUGUGGGCACACCUACUGCUUCAAGUGCCUUGAGAACUUCAUGCAGGAGUACAACUUCUGUCCCAUGGAUCGCAAGAAGCUCUCCUUCCAGCAGUGCCACAAGUCCAGCCUGCUGGUGAGGAACCUGCUGGAUAAGCUCCUUGUGCUGUGUCCUUUCAAGGCUGAGUGCCAGCAGACCAUGCAGCGCUGUGAGCUGGAAGCUCACCUGCACAACAGGUGUCCUGGGUUUAAGAAAUACAAAUCUGAGCUCCAGAGGAAAAAGAAUCCCAUUUCCAAAGGGAAGGAAGAUCCUCCUGCCAAGGGGGAGGCCAACACGCCCAAGGAUCCAGAGGUCCCAAGUGGUGGCUCCUCACUUGUGGCAGAAAGCUCUGGAGCUGCUGUGGUGUCACUGGGGACUGCAGAGCCUGGACUGGUUAAUCCAGCCUUUGAGGAGACUGAAGAAGACCUUCCUCAGAGAACCAGUCUUGUGGCUGAAACCACCACCAUCGAAAUCCACCGGGAAGAUCCGGAGGAAGAGCUGGGGAUGAGGAUAGUUGGGGGUAAGGACACCCCCCUGGGGAACAUCGUUGUUCAGGAAGUGCUGAGGGACUCUGUGAUUGCUGCUGAUGGAAGAAUUGCUCCUGGAGACCACAUCCUUGAGGUGAAUGGCGUCAACAUCAGCAGUGUGACUCACUGCCAGGCUGUCUCCUUCCUGCGCCACCCAGGCCCUGUUGUGCAGCUCAUGGUGCUGCAGGAGAAGGGCUUUUCCAAGGCUGCCCAGCAGGAGUGCAGCUCCUCUGCCAGGGAGGUGAUCCACGUCACCCUGGUCAAGAGAGACCGAUCGGAGCCCUUGGGAAUCAAACUGAUCCGGAAGACUGACGAGGCAGGGAUCUUCAUUCUGGAUCUCUUAGAGGGAGGCUUGGCGGCCAAGAAUGGGAAGCUGAGUCGGAAUGACAGAGUCCUGUCAAUAAAUGGCCAGGAUUUGAGGCAAGGAACUCCUGAGGCUGCUGCUCAGAUCAUCCAGACCACGGAAUCCAGAGUGAACUUUGUGAUCCUGAGGCAGCCUGGGGUGCAGCUGGGGGAGCCACUGGAGGAUGGCAGCACCUCCAACAGCAGCAGCAGCAGCAGCAGCAAUGGGGGGAGCCCAGUGCACCACAGGAGACGACCAGACCAGAACCACUACAGAAGAAAAUCCAACUACCAGAAGGAUUUGCCUCAGGGAUAUGUAAGUCAUGAGAAGACAGUUGCAAUAAAAAAGGAGCCAAAGGAAUCUUUGGGAAUCACAAUUGGAGGUGGAAGGGAUAACAAAAACAAGCUCCCUAUCUAUGUGACAAGUGUGCAGCCCAUUGGAUGCCUCUUCAGGGAUGGCAGAAUCAAGAGAGGGGAUGUACUUCUGAGCAUCAAUGGCAUUGAUUUGACUCAUCUGAACUAUUAUGAAGCUGUCUCAGCACUGAAAUCCAAUGCAGCUUCCCACUCAGUCACCCUGAAAGCCUUGGAAAUCCUCUCCCUGAACUCCCCAGAGGCAUCCCUGGACAUCAGAGAGCAGGGGUUCAGCUGGUCUCCCCUCUGGAUCACGUGGCUUGGAUUGCCCAGGUGUGUUUGUCAGGAACUGCUUGGAGAGCUCUUAAUUACAGGGUUGACUUUCACUCAAACACUAGAAAUUAAUUACUUUGUUGAUGAACUUGGAAGCAUUGCUGGUAUUCCUGUUCAGCUGAAAGGCAGUGGAAAGCCUCAUUCCAAUGAGAUCAUAGAAUGAUGAGUACAUAAGGAACUUGCAGUUUUUCUGGAGUGACCCAUCAUUCCACACUCCUGUUGGACAGUAACCAUGCUUUAGAAGCUCUGAAACCCCCCUUUUAAAAGAGAAAUAGUCAAUGUUAGAUACAGUCCUUGCUAAAGUACUGACUGAAAUUUCUCUGAGGCUCUUUCUGCAUCCCCUAACACAAGCCAAGAAGACACCUGGGCUGUCUGGGAGUUUCUAUUUCUAAUCUGAUCAUCUCACUUAGGGGCAGACAUUCUUUCAAGCUAACUCUUCUUGGCUGUUGUAACUGUGUCAUCUUCAGCACGAAGCAGAGAUGAUUCUGCACAGUUGAGUUUUCCAAAGCUUUGCAGCACAGGCUUAGGCCAGGUUUUAACCUGGUUAAGUUCCAAGAGAAGCUUGAAUUUCCCUUUCCUUUCUGGAGAGGUGAACCUCAGGCUCCCUCCCUUUAGCAGUUACAUCAAACCCUGUGAAAUGCAGGGUCUGUUGGCAUCCCAGCUGCCUGCAGGAGCAUCUGCAGGUGGGACAUAAAGCCAGACCUGCUGGGGGAAGCCUGGAUCAUUUACAGCCUUCUUCCUUGAGACACCUAAAGAAGCAGCACUCACAAAGCCUCUGUUGUGCUACUUAGCAGCCUGUAAAUGCUCAACAAAGCAGCCCAAGGAAAGCUUUUGUGUCUCCUGUGCUUGGCCUGUGCUCAGCACCUCCUCCCAUCUCCCUCUGCUGCCCCAGGAACUGGCCUGGCUGCUCCAGGCAGCUCUGGUGUGAGCUGGCUCUGGCUGCACCUGGAGAGCCCAAACCUGGGCACAAACCCUCACAUGGUGUUUGUUCCUUGUGCUGCUGCUGCAGUGAACUUCAGCAAGGCAAAACCUGCCUGGGCUUCUCUUCUUCCUCUCCCACUUUUUCUGGCUCACAGGUGACUUGCAGCUUCUGCUGCAGGGACUGGAGUCUUCUCUGCUCCUCCUGGAUCUCCUGCCUUCAUUUCAGGGUGUGCUGGCACUCCCUCCAUUUAAUGCAUUGCUGGAACUUCCUUUGCUGCUGGUAGUGAUGUUCCCCCUUCAUUUGUCUCCUGAAGUGAUGCCAGGUGCCCUUUCUGCUCUUCACUUCUUUUUUCUGAAUUCUGGCCUUGGGAUGUCUGCAGUUCUAGCUAUGAGGGUUGGUAGGAGGCACACAGCAAGGUUAUUCUACUUUGGGAUCUGACAGAAUCCUCCUCCUGUUUCCAGCCCUAAGAGCUGUAAUUCCUGUGCUUCCUCACUCCUUUCCCAUCUUGGAGCCACUGGUGUCACCCACGGAAUCUGUGUUGUCACCUGGGCUUGCUCAGGUCCCACUGGUCACCCACAGAACCUGUGUUUGUCACCUGGGCAUGCUCUGGUGCCUCUGGUCACCCACAGAGCCUGUGUUUGUCACCUGGGCAUGCUCUGGUGUCUCUGGUCACCCACAGAAUCUGUUUGUCACCUGGGCAUGCUCAGGUGCCUCUGGCACUUCAGGCUGGCUCAGGGAGCUGCAGCUGCAGUGAGAUCCCAGUGCCCUCACCUGCUGUGCUGUGGUUCUCAUUGCAGACAGUUCCUGACCCACCCGAGCUGGGUUUCCUUUGCACAGGACCCAACUCUCGGUGCUGCAGGGCAAUGUCCAUUGUGACAGACCCUGUGUGCACCACACUGGCACACAGAACUCCCCAAAGGGCCCAAACUGGAGCCAGCACCAGCUGUUCUGCUCCUUUUGGCUGCCCUGGCCUCACUGUUGGAAUGUCCUGCAGGCUGAAAACUCAAAGCUAACUGCAUGUGCACUUUUGGGUUUGUUCAGCUUUUUUUUUUCCUCAGUUAUUCCCUCUGCUCCAGCAGAAAUAUCCCUUUCUUUUUAGAGCAAUGUAUUUCUUUGUAGUUUGAACCCAGACUUGAUGCUGAAAGGUGUGAAGUGAGUGCUCAGGGCUUUUUGACCCUUGCAACACUUGAGCCCACAGUGUUUCAUUCAGGCCUCUUGUAUCUGUGAUUCCUGUUUCUGUCAAAGAGAAACUUUGAUUUCUUCCUAGCACUGUGUUAAAUCCAGGCACUGACAGUAUAAAAUACCAUCUGAAAAGCUGCUUUGGACUGGGCCCAUGUUCUAAUCCAACACACCCUGAAUCUAGAAGUUCACAGAUUGAUUUAUCUUUUCUCUCUGAAACCUCUGCCUCUUGAAAACACGGUGCACUGUGUGGCUUGUGACAUUCCAAGUCCUUGCUGGGAUUUAUCUAACUCCAGUCUCACUCUUCCCACAAGAACCAAGUGGAGCUCCCAGUCCUGGCCCCACUGCAGCUGCAAACUCCACCAGGGACCAGGAACUGCCAGCUCAGCAGCGUGCUUGGCACCAUAAAACUGCACCUCGACCUUCCCUCAACUCCCAAAUUCUUUUCCCACAGUCAUUUUUGAUCGUAGUAAAUUAAAGUUUCUCUUCCUAGAAACCUUUUUUAAUGUGGAAAACGGAUUCCUAGCAAGCAGCCCUUUCCAGCUCCUGGAGAAUGUGCCUGAUGUUUUUAUUUAUGUUCUGUGCUGACUAGCCCUUGCCACUGUUGCUCUUGGGGCUGUUUAUUAGCAGAGCUGCCACAAGCCAUGGCUCAGAGCUGUGUUUUUUGUGUGGUACCUGUGGAAAGAAACCAUGGAGGAAUCAGUAAGCUCGAGCUGGGUUUCCUGGUGUUUAUGUGUGAAAAACUCCUACAAAAGUAAAUUACAGUUUCAAAGCAGAUAAUUGGAUCUUUCUCCUGGUGAGAAGUUAACUAGCAAAGCUUUUGAAAUCUGAAACUCUUCUGCAAACUGCUCAAGCAAAGCCCUUGAGGCAAAAACGUUUAUUAGGAAAAGUUUAGCUGCUGGAAUAGCUCAGCAGGGUGAUGAUGAGCAGCAGCUUCACAGCUCCAGUGCCAGGAUGUAACCUGAGCUGGAGCCGGACUGGGAGCCAGGGCACACAGAGCUCCAGCCACACCUCCUGUGUGACACCUC